GACCGCCAACUGCUCCUCCACAAUGUUCUCUGCCAUCCCGGUUCCUUGAGGGGCUUGAUAGCUUGUCUGUCCCUGUCCCUGGAUGGGCCUCCAACAAUUCCAGCAUUACCAUGAGCUCGAGGGUGCUCGCUUCGCGGGCCGCGCAGCCUCUCAAGCGGCAUCCAACCGUUGUAGGUGCUGGUGAUGAAGCUUAUCCCACUCCUCGCCGAUGUUUCUCUUCAUUGCACGAUCGCACAGUUAAUCAGAGCGCCGACUUCUCGUCCACCAGCAAAAAUUAUGAUCGCCUUGGCCGACGGGCGAAGGAGAAGUUGCUUGAUCGGGAAUUCUUUAUGAGCUUGUUGAACUCAGCGUCUACCAAACGAGAAGCCAAAUCGUACCUCGCCCGCCUUAAGGCCCAACAACCAGCGAAGCCGCAAAAGAAGUUGCAGAGCACAACAGUACAACAGACCAUUGCCGAAUCGCUACCUUCUGGAGUCAACCUGGGAUCUUUCUACGGCGCAUCACGAUCUGUAUAUCAAAGUCCUGUCUUCAGACAAGACUCAACCCCUGCCCCUGCGCGCGAGGACAUACCGGAGCGACUGCACCUGGCACUUGUCAAGAUAAAGACUCCGCAGCUGCUGGAUGACUCUACCCUUGAUGGAGUGGCCAGGACGCUUUCACAGAUUAACCGGCUGGGCUUGGCCUGCUGUGUUGUGGUCGAUCCGGGCUCGGACGGCGACACCCAUACUUUGCGAAAAAUAGCUACGGAGCAGGUAGGCCGCAUCGCAACGGCCGUCGAUCGUCAACCGGAUUCGAAAUCUUCCCAUCUAUAUUCCGUUUUGUCUUUCCCAGCUAAAAGACCAGAUAUACCGACUGUCUCAUCCCGGAAACAGCUUCUCAGUCCGUUACGAGAUGGUCAUAUCCUGAUCGUCGCGCCGAUUGCUUAUACGGAGGACACUCCCAAGGCUCUUAUGGUACCCGCUAAUGAUGCCGUUCUUGCUUUGACAAAAGAACUUGCAGGUUUGGCUACAAUGCCAGAUCCUGACGAGGACCCGAUGAUUACAGCUCAGAAGAUCAAUGAUCUACAAAAGGAAGUUUCUUUAGACCGGGUCAUCUUGCUAGACCCCUUGGGCGGUGUUCCAGCUUUUCGAGGCCCACAAACAUCUCACGCUUUCAUCAAUAUGGACCAAGAAUUUGAACAUAUCGAGCGUGAGCUGCUACAGGUUCGCAACCCAGCCAAUAAUAGCCAGGGCGAGAGUGUGGUCACAAAUCCUAUCUCGGACAGCAAUGCGGUCUCAGAAUCUGCCAGUACAGAGCCGACGUCUACGCCUGCCAAGCAAGCGCUAUUGCCUAUGAGCGUUGGCGAGGAUACCAUUGAUGGCCAUCUGGAUAACUUACGACUGUCGCAACAAACGUUGGCCAUGCUCCCGUCUGCAUCUUCCGGGAUAAUCACUUCACCAGUUGAAGUUGCGAACUCCGCACGUUCGCUGGAAUCGAGUCCUUCUGAGCUGUCAGUCGGUACGCGGCGGCAGAGAAACCCUCUGAUCCAUAAUCUUCUCACAGACAAGCCUCUGCUUUCAUCGUCCUUACCUCUGAGCCGGCGGGCGCGUGGCUCGCUUCAUCUCCCUGCCCCUCCAACCACCUUCGUCAAACGAGGCAUGCCUGUCAGCCUUAUCCCUGACCCGCGCGUCCAGGUGUGGACGGCACAGACACGCCCGAACAUGAAUCUCGACGAUCCUCAUGUUGACCUUCCCCGGCUGGUACACCUGAUUGAAGACUCAUUCAACCGCAAGCUAGACGUAAAAGACUAUCUGAACCGAGUGAAUGGCCGAUUGGCUGGUUUAAUAAUUGCCGGCGAAUAUGAGGGUGGUGCUAUAUUAACAUGGGAGCUUCCCCCUGGAGUGGAGGAUGACGGAAGCGAAUCUAGCACGGCCAGAAUGGUGCCUUACCUGGACAAGUUUGCGGUUCUCAAACGUAGCCAGGGUGCAGGCGGCGUUGCGGACAUUGUAUUCAAUGCCAUGGUGCGGACAUGCUUUCCUAACGGGGUAUGUUGGCGUAGCCGCAAGGACAACCCGGUGAAUAAAUGGUACUUCGAGCGGUCUUUGGGGUCCUGGAAGCUCGCAGAUACCAACUGGACCAUGUUCUGGACGACUCCUGACCUGCCUGAGAAGCCGCAGAAAUUCCGAGACUACGAAGCUGUCUGUCGGAGCAUACAGCCGAGCUGGGCAGAAGACACAGGUGUAAUAGACUGA